AUGCCAACACGUCUCAGUCAGAUUCAAGACUGCCUUGUCGAAUCUGGCAUGUAUAUCGGUGAUGCGUUUUAUACCAGUUCUCAACAUUUUUUGACCGUCAGAUAUAUAGGUGAUCAUUCAUUUCACAAGAGCAUUGCAUGGUGCCGCAUGGGCAAGGCCAAUCAACUUGUCAUCACACCAUCAACCUCUGCUUCUGGCCCAGCAACUGACCUGCUAGGACCAGAGAUUGCAGUCCUCAGUGCAGUCGCGCAAGUAUCUUCCAAUGAUUAUUACUUGACCGCAGAUGCCAGCUACAAGGGAGCAUCCUACUUCUGGCCGGAUUUCGCUACUAUUAAGCCCUCUUGCACUAAUGAGCGGCCAAAUAUUGAGUCCUUCAACACUGAUUUUGACGUUGUCAUCGAGAACCUGAAGUGGGUGCAAGACAUCAUUACAACUGAUGGCUUUAUCCUCAAACGUGGUGUUUUCCCACCAUACACUGAUGAAUAUUGCUUCAAACCACUUGACAGUGAUGAUCUGGCCACCAACAAUACAGAGGACGAAGAGCACAACUCAGAUUCCCAAACCAACAAACUUGAUGGUAUCUUUUUGAUCGAGAACUGGCCAACGGUCAACGAUGCUGCCAAGGGUGGUCUGGAGGGGAUCAAGAAAACCCAUUGA